AUGGCGGCCCCCCCGGAGCCCGACGGCGGCGCGGCCGCGGAGAGCCCCCUGCUGAGGAACCAGGCGGCCUUCGUCACCGUGCAGGACUGCCUCGACUUCGCCGCGGCCUCCGCGCUGCUGUGCUGCUCCCGCCUCUCCGCGGAGCUCCUGGAGGACCAGGGCCUCUACGAGGCCAGCCGCCACGCCGGCCAGCAGCCCGCGGGCCCGCGGGCCGCGCCGCGGCUGCCGCUGGCCGCGGGUGGGCGGGCGAAGCUGACGUGGUGCUUCUCGCAGGGCCUGGCCGCCUACGAGGCGAGGGACCUGGAGAGGUCCGAGCGGCUGCUGGGCGCCGCGCUGGAGCUGGCCCCGGAGGACGACGUCGUGCUGUGCCGGCUGGCGGACACGUGCUACGCCAGGUGCAGGGCGGAGGUGGGCGAGCUCCGGGAGGCCCUCGAGGCGCGCACCCUGGAGCUGUACCGCAGGGCCGUCAGCGUCAACCCAGCUUCGUCGCUUGGGCUGAACGGGCUCUCCCUGUUCCAGGAGGGGACCGACGCAAAGAGGCACUACCUGCUGCGCGCGGUGGCGCUGGACCGCGGGAAUCCCUACGCGCUCACGAACCUGGCGAUGAUCCUGCUCGACGAGAAGGACAAGGACGAUAUCUGCCUGACGCUCCUCAAGCGCGCGCUGGCGAUCAACCCGAAUCUGUUCUACGCGCGGCCCACCAUCGCGAGGCUCCACCUGCGGCUGAAUGAGCUCAACGAGGCGCGCGCUGUCUUGGCCGAGCAGGUCAUGAGACGGCCCCAGGACCAUGACUCGAGGUGUUUGCUCGAGCUGCUUCGCCGCAUUGUCUAGGCGCCCCUGGGCUGGAGACAGCUCGAGCUGCGUCGCCGCAUUGCCCCGGCGUCUCGGUGCUCGAGCUGUUUCGCCUCAUUGUCCUGGCCCUUUGCCCGACAUCCCCGCGAGAUGCCGCUUUGAGCAGAAGUCCACCGAAUCCCACCACCUGUGCGUUCGGGAGCCAGGCAUUUGUAGAGGCCAACCAACGGGCUCCUUCCUGUUCAGCCAAGCCUGGCAA